GUCUUAUAACGUCAGCUGUGAUUGACAUGGUGCACAGGAGCAGGAAGCCAACAGUGACGUCACUUUCUAGAAGUCCCCUUAAGGUGUCUGCGACGAGAAGACCGAAGAGGCAGAAAAUAACGGAGUGCUCAUCUUUUUUUGGACUUUGAAACAAAUUCACAUCUACAGCAUGUCUCUGUAUCCAUCCCUCGAGGACCUCAAGGUCGACAAGGUCAUCAAGGCUCAGGUCCAGUUCGCUCAGACUGCUGCCCCCAUGCCUGCCAUCACUGAGGGAAGCUCCCAGCCUGAGCUUGCUGCUGUUGCCAUGCCAGCAUCCGGUUUGUACCCAAAUCUGGGGGAGCUGGGAGACUACAUGGGUCUGGCCCUCAACAGUGACGAAGUCCAGAAGAACUUGGCUCUGCUGCCCGUCGGGGACAAUCAAGUGGCGGUGCCCGCCAGCUCAGGGGUCGGGGGUAUGGUGCGGCCCGUGACCGGGUCAGACAUCGGCAUCCUGCGGGCUGAGAUCCGCCCGGGGAUCCGAGAGGUGAUCCUCUGUAAGGACCAGGACAGGAAGGUGGGGCUGCGGCUCCGGGCCAUCGACAACGGGGUGUUCAUCCAGCUGGUGCAGGCCAACUCCCCCGCCGCCCUGGCCGGGCUGCGCUUCGGCGAUCAGGUCCUGCAGAUCAAUGGGCAGAACUGCGCCGGGUGGAGCGUGGACAAAGCCCACAAGGCUCUGAAGGCCGCGGCCGAGACCCGCAUUGAGAUGGUGGUCAGGGACAGGCCUUUUCAGCGAACUGUCACCAUGCACAAGGACAGCUCUGGACAUGUGGGCUUCAUCUACAAGUCUGGAAAGAUCACCUCACUGGUCAAAGACGGUUCUGCUGCCCGGAACGGCCUGCUGACCGAGCAUUACAUCUGUGAAAUCAAUGGACAGAACAUCAUCGGCCUCAAGGAUUCUCAGAUCAAAGACAUCCUGAACUCCUCCCCCACCGCCAUGACCAUCACCAUAAUGCCCAAGUUCAUCUAUGAACACAUGAUUAAGAGGAUGUCGUCAGGUCUCCUGCGCUCAUCCAUGGAUCACUCCAUCCCAGAGGUGUGAAGAUCAGAUCCCAAACUGUCCGGAUGCUGAGAAAAACGUCUGCAUUUCCUUCCUCAUUUCUUUGUGUUUAUACCAAAACCCAUCCAAUAUCAUAUCACCUUCUGCACCUUUUCUCAUGUCUAACAUAUUCUUUAAGAAGCUUUUUCUCAUGUUUUUUUCUAUGUCGUCAUUUGGCAUUAGUGCUUUUUAUACGUUUACUCUGUAACGUGACAUGUAGUCAGUUUUUUAUCCAAGAUCAAGGACUUUUAUCUUUAAACGUGUUAAACUCAUGAGUCCAGAGCUUCCUCGUGAGUAAGAGACGGUUCAUCAUUCAGCUGGGAUUUUCCACACUGCCCCCAAUCAGAGUCCGGGUGGGGCCGGGGCCCAUCCCGUGUCUUUUACCUGCCAGUCUGAUAUCCUUUCAGUUUGUACCAUAAAUCGGUACAAACGGCUGUUUGCUCUGGCUUUUCCGUGAUGAACAUCUCUUGUCCUUUGGCGUUCUUCUGUCCCGAGGGUCGCUUUGUGUACAUUCCAGGGAUAAAUGUUGGGAAGGGCCCACAGCUGGAACUAAAGGGAGGGAGGGGCAGGGUUGAAGUGUGAGCAGGGCGCCGCUUUGUGUCGUUUGGUCUCUGGUUUCAAACGCUCGAGGAAAUCAGUCGUGAGGGGUCUGUUCUGACCCGCUAAGUGCACUUUCCAUUACCUUCUGAGAGGUUUGAGUACCCAUUUCAACAGCCAUGGUAUUUGUUUAUUUGUGGUGUUUUUGGUGCCUCAUGUUGACUGAAAAAAAAAAUCAUGAACUUCAUGUAAAAAAACAAAAAAAAAAAAACGGUUUCAUUUUGAUGCUGGAAAUGAUCUGCUCAGAAGAAAACACAUUUUAACCCAACGUUGCAGGGUCAGAACGGGGAACCUGCUGUUCUUUAGCUGUUCUUCAACCCCCCCACCCCCCAAGCACAGUGAGCAUGAGCAGAACUCACGGCGCAGAUUUCUACUUGUUAAAUAGAGUUUCUCCUUUUAAUGCUGUUCAUGUUUGGAUGCAUGUAAUCCUUUUCUCGGUAUGCAAUCAGAUAAACAUCGCUGUCAUUCUGUACAAAAAAGGCUAGGAAAUUCUAAAAGUUUAUAAGAAUGUAAUCAAGAUAAUAUUAUAAAACAAGUAAAAUCUUUCUGUUCACAUCA